GCGAGCAAGAUCCAUCAGUCGCUCGCUGAAUAAAUCACGCGCGCAGUGCGGAGGAGGAGGCGGCGGCGGAGAGCGGAGAGAUUCGUGGAGCCCCGCGCUGCCCCGGAGCCAGAGAGCGACGAGCAGGCCUGGCAUGAUGAGCGUGCAUCCCCUCGCGGGUCCCUGACUCCCGCCAUGACCCCUCGGGCUGCCCUGCAGCCCGCGCUACCGCCGACGUGAGGAGCAACCUCCGUGACCGCCCCCCCCCCUCCCCCCGCGGGACCCACCCCUCGCCAUCGAGGAGUGAGCCUCCAACCAUGGCCUCGUCCCCUCCGCUCCACCUGCCGCUGCCGCUGCUGCUGCCGCUCCUGCUUCUCCUGCUGCUGCUGGCGCCGCCGGCCUGCCGCUCCGACUGCUGGUUCCUGGAGGGUGAUCGCGAGUUCGUGUGGCAGGCGAUCUGCAGCCAGAACCAGCCACCCUACGAGUCGAUCCCGCCGCACAUCAACAGCACGGUGAUGGACAUCAAGCUGAACAACAACAAGAUCCGCUCCGUGCAGCACGCGUCGCUCCGGCGCUUCGUGAACCUCACGAACCUCGACCUCACGCACAACGCCAUCGAGUCGAUCGAGGACGGAGCCUUCUCGUCACAGAGGAACCUCCGGGUGCUCCGCCUGAGCCACAACCUCGUGGCGCGCCUCGACGAGGGCCUCCUGCGAGGCCUCGCCGGCCUCGAGAGCCUCUACCUGCAGUCGAACCGCAUCGAAGUGGUGACCGCCACGGCCCUAAGGCCCUGCCCCCAGCUCGGCAUCCUCGACGUCUCGGACAACCGCCUCGCGUGGCUGGACGAGCACGUUUUCGACGCGUCGCCCGCGCUGCGCCUGCUCAACCUGUCGGGCAACCCCUUCCACUGCGGCUGCACCCUGCUGCCCUUCCUGCGCUGGCUCUACUUCCAGCAGCCCCUGUGGGAGCCGCGGGCCACCUGCGAGCCGGGCCUCCUGCCGCUGCUGAGCGGCAACGACCGGCAGCAGCGCGGCGCGUACGAGCAGCUCGCGCAAAACUGCUCGGCCGACUCGCAGCGCAGGCCCACGCUGCCGCCGCUGCAGGCCACGGUGCCUCCCGUGGACGAAUGCGGCGGAGGCGGAGGCGACGGUUGCGGUUCGGCGGCGGGGCCGGAGUUCACGCCGGCUCCCGAGCCGCGCGUGCACGUCCAGUACACGGUGGAGGGCGCCCUGCCCAGGAUGAGCGUCCAGUCGGUGGGGCCCACGUCGGCCGUGGUCGACAUCCACAUCCCGCGGGUGGGCAGCAGGAUGUACAUGCUGGUGCGCGGCAACGGCACUGCCUCCGAGGUGGUCAAGCACCUGCCGCUGACGGACGAGACGGUGAGCCUCAAGGACCUGCAGCCGGGCACCACCUACGUGUUCUGCGUAGCGUACAUGAAGGGCGGGCGGCGCGAGCACAUCAAGUGCGCCGAGGUGGAGACGCGCCCGCGCGGCUGGUGGGACGCGGCCGCCUCCUCGGCGGUACGCCACUACGCGAUGACCACCCUCUACUGCCUCGCUGGCAUGGCGUUCGUGCUGGGCGCCGUCUACUGCUGCCUGCGGCGGCGGCGGCGCCACGAGGAGCGGCAGCAGCAGCAGCGGAGCAAGUCGGCCACGCUCAAGAAGACGCUCGCCGACAUGCGCCAGGGCUCGCAGACCGAGGCGGGCGGUGCCAGCUACCAGCUGUUGCCCACCAAGUCGGAGAGCGGCACGCCGACGCGCCCGCCGCCCGUCGCCGCCGCAGGCGCCCCGCCCGAGCUGGACGACGCGAAAGCGGCGGCGGAGGUGGCGGGCGACGCGCCCCGUACCGCCAAGGGCGACUACCUGGAGGUGCGUACGGGCGAGGGCGCCGGCGACCCCGCCGCUGAGAGCCACGACGGCGGCGGCGGCGGAGGCGGCAAGCGGCGGGGGGCGGAGGAGAGGCGCGACUCGGUGGCGGAGAUCGCCACCAUCGCCAAGGAGGUGGACAAGGUCAAUCGCAUCAUCAACAACUGCAUCGACGCGCUCAAGUCCGAGGCGGGCGCCACCGCUCCUCCGGGGGGCCCGGAGCCCCCCGCCGGGCCCCCCGCCCCAAGCGCGUUGCGGGGGGCCGAGGAACGGGUCGCCCCGGGACCCCCUCCGACCGCCGCCAUCGCCGUCUCCGCCUCGUCCUCCUCCUACGGGGACCCCUACGGCCCCGCGCCACAAAAGAGUUUCCUGCCCGAGCAUUCACCGCGCCGCCCCGGGGGGCCCCGCCCCGCGGGGGGGCGCCCGCACUGCGGCAGCGACCCUGCGUACGGGGCCCCCCAGGGCGGCGGCGGGGAGCCGAGGGGGGCCCACGACAGGGGCCCCCGGGGCGGCCGCGCCCCCGUGCAGCGAGGCGGCUCCGUGACGUCCACCGUGUCCACGCGCCUGGAGGCCCAGGGCCCCGACGGCCACCGCCACUCCUACCCGGGGCCCCUGCAGCAGCAGCAGCAGCCGCCCCCGUACACCCAGCACCAGCAGCUGCAGCUGCAGCAGCAGCAGCUGCAGCUCCAGCAGCAGCAGAAACUGCAGCAGCAGCAGCUGGCGCUCCGGCAUGGCACGCUGGGGCUGCGCUCCCCGAGCCUCGUGCCGGGAGUGCCGCUCCCCCGCGCGCCCGUCAUGAGCGCCCUCGGUUGCGCCGUCCCCGUGCCCCCCACGGUGGCGCUCCCCCUGCAGCAGCAGCCGCAGCAGCAUCUGCAGCAGCAGCUGCAGCAGCAGCAACAACAGCUGCAGCAGUAUCAUCACCAGCAGCAGCAGCAGCCGCAGCAACAGGCCAGGAGCGCCUACUGUCAGCUGUCCCCACGCUCGCAGCGCUCGGGGUACUACUCCAGCCCCGAGUACUCGGCUAAGAGCGUGCAGAAGAUCUGGGUCCGAUUCAAGCCGCAACAACAGCAGCAGCAGCAACAGCAACAGCAGCAGCCACAGCAGCACAAGAAGGUGGAGGAGGAGCAUAUGGCGGCGGGACACGCACUCAAGAUGAAGGUUCAGCUCGCCACGGACGAGGACCUCCAUGACAUCCUGGACUUCUGGAAAGGCGUCUCAGCGCAGCAGAAGCCAUGAGGGCUCGCUAGGCGCAUGGGGUUGUGGGGGAUUUGUGGAGGGAGUGGGGGGCCACAGAGCCAGGGGGUUUCGUGGUGGGAGCCCUGGAGUGGACCUCCCCCACCACCACCCUCCGUUUUUUGGUGAUCAUCAAUCGGGACCCCCCCACCACCACUCCCCCGAUCCCCUCCGCGUGAGCGAUUGGAGUUGUUUGUUUAAGCGCGGGGGGGGGGGCACUGAGAUUAAUUGCCCCCCCCCCUCUACCACCGGAGAAGCGGGGAGACCCGGGUCAUGGAAGGGGUCACCGCUUUUGUUAUCCGCAGCAGCCGCGGGCACUGUCGGCGAUUCCGAGGCGCGAGUUCGCUCCGACCUUGAACCCGGGGCUCGUAACGGCUGACGCCUGUCGGUGCCCAGACGCGGGGUGGUGUUGACAUCAACUCGCGAAGGGGGUCGGGUCAACCCCCGGGUUCCCUCUACCCCCCCCCAUCCCCCCAAUGCUGUCCCCCAAGCCCACGACCCCCCCUAUCCCCCGCGUGGCUGCUCGCUCCUCACUGUUGCAUGAAGCGUGGAUUUGCGUUGAUAGCGGCAGCCGCGAACUCCCCCCCCUUCCCCCGCCCGCAACCCCGGGCUAUCCUCCUGACCCCCCCUGCCCCCCCCCCCCUGACCUCUCCCCUUGACCUCUCCCCGCCCCGCCCGCCCCGCCCCUCAGUGUUGUUGGGCUUCGCGGUGGAAGCUGCGAUUGACGCUGCUGCCUUCCACGGUUGUGGCCGGGGCCUGAAUGACGCACAGCCCCCCGACCCCCACCCUCACCCCGCCGUAGUUUAUGGGAUUAGUUUGUACGGCCGCUAAUUUUGGGCAAAGGGUAGAGAGAGAGAGAGAGGCAGCGGCAACCCGGAGGCUCUUCCAUCACGUUUCGGCGGAGGGGGUGGGUGGGUGGGGGAAGAAAUAAAAGCCUCGUUCCGCCUUCGCACAAAUUACGACCCCUUCGGAUCCAAUUCCCCGGGCUGGGCUGGGCAGGCCGGGAGAGUUUCCCGUCGAUUUUUUUGCGGGAAAGAUGCCCCCCCCCCCACCCCUACCCCCCCCCCUGCGAGCAAAUGAUUCACGCGUGCCCCGUGCACGUGUCUCGCUAAGGGGAGUAGCUUUGUGACGUUGCGAUGACGUCAUCAAUCGAUUGUGUAUCCCCUCCAAGGCCACCCACCCCCUCCCCCGUUAUAGCAUCAAAAUCGAUCAUCUAUUCCUCCGUUCAUACCUUUUACGAUGACGUCCUGAGCUUGAUUAUUUACGCAUUCCCGCCUGUUGCUGUGACGUCACAAACGAUUAUUUAUUGCCGCGUUCAAACCUUGUUACGAUGACGCCACACAUCGAUUAUUUAUUACAUCUUCAGACUUUCUUGGUAACGGCGUUGUAAGUCAACUAUUUAUGAUCGUGUUCAAACCUAUUGCGACGACGUCAUGGGUAUAUUAUUGCCGUGUUCAACUUUGUUGCUAUGACGUCAUACGCCGAUUGUUUCAUUACCUUAUCCCAACCCCGUUAUGACGUCAGGUAAUUGAUAAUUUCUUAUGACCGUGUUCGUUUACAGAGGCGAUUGCGCCGGUGACCCACGACCCCCCAACUCGGGCGCGCACACUCCGGGUGUGUGGAGUGUCUGGUACGUGAGGGGCCGUCC